AAUAUUUUCAUUACACCAUUGUUUGAAGAAAAAAUAUUGCGACGUUAGUGUGUAACACGGAUAUAGAACGUGUUUGGUCGGAUUAUAUUCUAACAAGUGUUCUGAAAUAAAUAGGAAAAAGAAAGGUUCGAAAGAUUGCAUGUUCCAUAUUAUCGCUUUCACUAGUGAGAUAAGCUAGUCGUGACUUUAUAUAGGAGAACGCUGCAGCGAUUUCGCGUUAGUUGUUUCUUGAAACUCCGUCAGAUCGAACAGCGUAAAGUUUACCAUUCUAAAAAAAAUGGCUUCGAAAAGCCACUCGUUCGAUUCUAAUUGUAUGACCCUAACGAGGUUCGUGCUCGCGGAACAACGAAAAUUUCCAACAGCCACCGGAGAUCUUAGCCAACUUUUGAACAGCAUACAGACCGCUGUAAAGGCGGUCAGUUCAGCUGUUAGAAAAGCCGGCAUUGCUAAUAUGUACGGAAUAGCAGGAAAUACAAAUGUGCAAGGCGAAGAGGUGAAGAAAUUGGAUGUUUUGAGCAAUGAAUUGUUCGUGAAUAUGUUGACGUCUUCGUUCACGACGUAUCUUCUCGUGAGCGAAGAGAAUACGAAUGUGAUCGAAGUGGAAACCGAGAAACGUGGAAAGUACAUAGUCUGCUUUGAUCCUUUGGACGGAUCCUCCAACAUCGAUUGUUUGGUAUCGAUCGGUUCGAUUUUUGGUAUUUACAAGAAGCCAGAUAAUGCGAAAGGUUCCACGGAAUCGGUGGUUUUACAACCUGGUAAAAAUUUGGUCGCAGCCGGAUACGCGCUUUAUGGUUCUGCGACUAUGAUAGUACUGUCGAUUGGUCAAACCGUGAAUGGUUUCACUUAUGAUCCCGCCAUUGGAGAAUUUAUUUUAACCGAUCAAAACAUGCGUAUUCCAAACAAAGGAGAAAUAUACAGUGUUAACGAAGGCAACGAAAAUGCUUGGAAUCCAGCAAUCAAAGAAUAUAUACAUUCAAAGAAGUAUCCUAAAAGUGGAAAAGCGUAUAGCGCGAGAUACGUGGGUUCCAUGGUAGCCGAUGUGCACAGGACGAUCAAAUAUGGCGGAAUAUUCCUGUACCCAGCAACGAAAAGUCAUCCAACCGGCAAGCUUCGACUUCUGUACGAGUGUAUACCAAUGGCUUACAUACUAAAAAAAGCCGGUGGUUUGGCAUCGAACGGAGAGAUCGAUAUUUUAGAUGUCGUACCCGAGAAGAUUCACCAGAGAUCACCGAUAUUUUUGGGUUCGAAAGAAGACGUCGAGGAAGUUUUGCAAUAUGUUAAGAAGUACAAAUCGUAGAGAGAAAGUUGAAAGAGUGAGUGAGACAGUUAUGAAUAUUUUACAAUUUAAAUUUUUAUAGUUUUAUGAAUGGGAAUUGAAAAUUUCAUAUUUUUCGAUUGAUGUAAAUAGUAGUAUUAUUGAAA